AUUGUUUUUUGAGGCAAAAAUUGUAAAACAAGUUUUUAAUCAAUCUCAAAAAAUAUUUCGUAAUUUAUGGAGCAUUUGGUAGAGAUAGAAAUAUCUCCUGUUAAAUGUCAGUGCUGCUUACAACGUCCAAAUCAUGUAUCACAAGACUUCCAACUGUCAAUAAUUUCGUCAGAAAUUCAAGAGACUUGCAAAGAUGUCAUUUGCAUUCAGUUAGACGAAGGCGUUAUCUGUAAUUAUUGUUUAGAAAGUUUAACUUCAUUUCAAGACUUUAAGCGUAAGAUUUGGAUAGCCCAUAAUUUAAAUGAAAUUAAACAAGAAACUGAGGAUUGGAUUUGGUCAUCAAAACAGGAAGAGGAAGAAUUGAAUCAGCAUACCAUUAAUGAUGAAAUUACAACAGAAGUUGUAGAGCAGAAUAGUGAAGUUUCUGAAAACAACAGAAAUCUUCCGAAGAAAACAUCUGCGAUGAGUGACAUUCAACAAAAAUAUGAAAUAAAGUUUGUUGAUGAAACAAAUAACGAUUGCAAAUUGGCAUCCCAAGUUUUUUGUCCAAUUUGCAAUAAAAUAUUGAGGCUGUCAUCACUUCCAUUACAUAUCAAGACGCAUGAAUCAGGACGUCAACUUGAUUUUAUGUGCGAAAUUUGCUCAAAGAAAUAUGUUUCGAACGCUGACUUGGUAAUCCAUAGGAGGGUACAUACAAAUGAAAAGCCGUACGAAUGUGACCAAUGUCCAAAGAGAUUUAGCUGCAAGAAGAAUUUAAUUUCACAUUUUCGUUCAAUUCAUUUAAAAGAAAAGAAAUACAAGAAAACUCAGGAAAAUUGCAGCAUUUGUGGCUUAACUUUUACAAGCAUUCAUCAAUUGAAAAGCCAUGUAAGUCGAGUUCAUCCAGGAGGGCAUGAUGAUGGAUUCAAAGUAAAUCCAUUGACUGGUCAUUUUCACUGUGAUACUUGUGGGGGACAAUACAGAUGUAGACAAAAUUAUAAUAUUCAUCGUUGCAUCGCUGGUGCCGGCAAUGGACCGAAUAAAAAUGAAUGUCCCGUGUGCUUCUCUAACUGCAGAACUCGUUCAAAUACUAUUAAACAUAUGCUAGAGUCGCAUGCUGAGAAAUUGAAGAAUCUAGGAUGGAAAUGCCUUGUUUGUAAUACAAUCGUAUUAAGGAAAAUUAUUCUUCAUAUUGAGUCAGUUCACACAUCAAAUUCUUCAAAAUGUGGCAUUUGUAACAAAACAUUGAAGAAUCGUAGAUGUUUAGUAAAUCACAUGUACGUCGUUCAUGAGAAUGGAAGUGAAAUUCGUCGACAGCAAAGGAAGGCGAAGAAAAUAUUAGCAAAAGUAAGUCAACCAAGUUAACAGAAAUGAAACUGAUUGUCAUCAAUUUUACAAACCAGAAUUGAAAUAAACUAAAUAAAUAAAAAAUUCGUAGCGAU